UUGAGCUGAAUUAAAAUUCAACUUUCAUUAAUUUAUAUCGUCGUCUUAUAGACGAAAGAUCACUUAACAAAUAAAUUUUUUGAAAUGCAAUUUCAAAAUUUUCUUCUAAAUUUUAUAAUCUUCGUUAAAAUGAAGGCAAUGACACAGGUACACUUUCAAAUUAUGUCCAAAAACCAUACCUUUUUACCAUAUUCCUCAAAAUCAAAAUGGUCAGCUCCCUUUACUUUUAUUCAAGCAGCAGACACUCAAUAUGGAAUGAUUGAUGCUCUUAAAGAAAAUACUUCUUCAGAGUAUAAUUGGGACAAAGAGAUCAAAUUAACUGAAAAAGCGAUCGAAAUAGCUAACAACCUAAUUCCCAAGCCAAAAUUCUUUAUCGUGUGCGGUGAUUUAGUCAAUGCUUAUCCCGGUGAAAGAUUAAAGGCUUCCCAAAUUGCUUCCUUCAAGCAAACCUUUAGCAAAUUGGAUCCAAAAAUUCCCCUGAUCUGCGUAUGCGGUAAUCACGACGUGGGAAACUACCCUACCUCAAAGGACAUCCAAAAUUAUAGAAAAGAUUUUGGGGACGAUUAUUUCUCAUUUUGGGUCGGCGGAGUAAAGUUUAUCGCCCUUAAUUCUCAGUACUACUUCAAUGAUACGCAUGUUAAGGAAUAUAGCCAAGAGCAAGAUAAUUGGUUAAAAUCAGAACUCAAGGAUGGGAUAGAUAGCAAUGCCCAACACGUUAUGCUCUUCCAACAUAUCCCUUGGUUCUUAGUCGAACCUAACGAAGAAAUGGCCUUUUAUGACGAAACCAAGAAGGGCUCAUACAACCUCAAAAAAGAGCUGCGACUUAAAAUGUUGGAACUUUUUAGAUCAUAUGGAGUGACCAAGAUAUUUUGUGGACAUUACCACAGAAAUGGCGGUGGUUUUUAUCAAGAUACGUUGGAAAUCGUUAUCACAUCCGCUAUAGGUCGUCAACUGGGCGAUGAUAAAUCAGGAUUUCGUCUAGUCAAAGUUUAUCCUGACCGAAUAACUCACAAAUACCUUUCCUUUGAAUUAUUUGACCCUAAAGACCCAUUCCUAAAAUUAUAAAAAAAUUGUAUUCUGGGGCUACAUAGCAAAUAUUAUGACUUAUCUGUUUAUUUAUUAUGUCUUUAGUGUAUUCUGAUCUUAAUAAUAUUGUUCAUUCACUAUAUAAAUUAUUUUAAGUAAAUUUACCGAACAAAUAAUCGUAAAUAAAUUAUUUUUAUACGACGUUUAAAUUAGCGGUCAAAUUAUUAU